GGAAGAAACAAGAAAAGGAGUGGAAUUAGUAAAUUUUUAUCCAAAUAUCACCCACUUCCCCCCCUCUUCUCCUGCUCUUCGCCUUCAAAACUGUUCCCAAAUAAACUCUCUCUCUCUCUCUCUCUCUCUCUCUCUCUCUCUGUAAUCUCUCUCAUUUCUCUCCCACAAAAAGCACUUCAUAACUCAGAGUAGUCUCUCUCUCCUCCUCCUCCUCUCUCUCUCUGUAAUCUUUCUCUUUUCUCCCCCACCGAUACAAAAAGCAUUUCACAAGUCACAGAGUAGGUCUCUCUCUCUCUUUCUUCCCUCUCUCCCUCUCUCCCUCUCUCUCUCUUCUCUCCCACCAAUACAAAAAGCAUUUCAUAAGUCACAGAGUAGGUCUCUUUCUCUCUCUUUCCCUCUCUCUGCUUCUGUAAGCUUCUCUCUCUCUUCUCUCUCUUCUCUCCCACCAAUACAAAAGCACUUCACAAGUCACAGAGUAGGUCUCUCUCAGUCUCUCUCUCUCUCUCUUCUCUCCCACCAAUACAAAAAGCACUUCACAAGUCACAGAGAACGUCUCUCUCAGUCGCUCUGUUUGCUUAAGUUUCCACCAAAAGUGAGUAUCGUAGCACAUCCAAGGAACUUCACUUCUACUUAUAAGUUCCUUUCAUUCCUUCUACAAUCUCCAUUUCUCACCCAAUUCCCUGCAACCAAACACUCCCUUUCUAGAAAAAAGAAAAAAGAAAAAAAUGAUGAACACUUACUGUUCUUCCCUGCAAGCUGAAGAAAACCCUCUUAAGUUACUGUAAGAAUUUAUGAUCUGUUUGGGAAGAUGCUGAAUUAAGGGUCGAGGAUAGAGAGUUUCUAGCAGAGGAAAUAAUGGAGGAGAUGGAGUAAGUUCUUGCUUCAGAUGUUUGGAGUGUAGGUGCCACGAAGGGUAUUGAUCGAGCGGACUCGAUCGUAGAUACUGUGAGGAUUAUUCUCAAUCUCCCCAAUGGAGAAGUUCCAUGUUUAUUCCCUGUUGAUCUUUCUUUUGGUUUCAAGUCUUUUUGUUUCAACUCUGUCUCUUCCGAUCGAGACUCGAGCAUUGCUUCGUUUCAAAGAGAAUCUCAAAGACCCGGCAGGUUUUCUUCAUUCUUGGAUUGAUUCUGAAUCCCCUUGUGGGUUCUCCGGUGUUACUUGCGACCGGUUUUCCGGGAGAGUUGUUGAGAUUUCGUUGGAAAACAAGUCGCUUUCUGGUGAGAUUUCUCCAUCUAUUUCUGUUCUGCAAAGUCUCACAACACUUUCAUUGGCCUCAAACCACAUUUCUGGGGUACUUCCUUAUCAACUGAUGAACUGUAGCAAUCUUAAAGUACUGAAUCUCACUGCCAACGAAAUGGUUGGGAGAAUUCCUGAUCUUUCUCAGCUGAGAAAUUUGGAGGCUUUUGAUCUAUCUAUCAACUUUUUCUCUGGUCAAUUCCCAUUCUGGGUUGGGAAUUUAACUGGAUUGGUAUCUCUUGGUCUAGGUGAAAAUGAGUUUGAGACAGGUGAAAUACCAGAAUCUAUUGGAAAUUUGAAGAACUUAACUUGGCUAUAUCUAGCGAAUGCUUAUUUGAGAGGAGAAAUACCAGAGUCUCUGUUUGAAUUGAAGGCAAUACAGACAUUGGAUCUUUCAAGGAACAAACUUUCUGGUAAACUCUCCAAGUCAAUAUCCAAGUUGAAGAAUCUGAAUAAGCUUGAACUUUUUGUGAACCGUUUGACUGGAGAAAUCCCACCAGAGAUUUCGAACCUUACCCUUCUGCAAGAAAUCGAUAUUUCGGCAAAUAAUUUCUACGGGGAGUUGCCUGAAGAGGUCGGGAACCUGAGGAAUUUGGUGGUUUUUCAGUCGUAUGAAAACAACUUCUCUGGAAAGCUUCCUGAAGGGUUUGGAAAUAUGCAGAAUCUUACUGCAUUUUCCAUCUAUAGGAACAACUUUUCUGGGGAAUUUCCUGUGAAUUUCGGCAGAUUUGCGCCUCUCGACAGUAUUGACAUAUCAGAGAACCAAUUUUCAGGUGAUUUCCCCAAGUUCUUGUGUGAGAAUGGGAAGUUGCAGUUCUUACUUGCUCUGGAAAAUAGAUUUUCAGGUGAGCUGCCACUUUCUCUAGCUGAGUGCAAAUCACUGCAAAGGUUCAGAAUAAGUAACAAUCAAAUGUCAGGCAGGAUUCCAGAUGAGGUUUGGGCUCUUCCUAAUGCAAAAAUGAUUGAUUUUAGUGACAAUGAAUUUACUGGAGUCAUAUCCCCAAACAUUGGUUUAUCAACUAGCUUGAGCCAAUUGAUUUUGCUAAACAAUAAGUUUUCAGGUAAGCUUCCAUCAGAGCUUGGCAAGUUGACAAAUUUAGAAAGGCUUUACUUGAGUAACAAUGACUUCAAUGGAGAAAUACCUUCUGAAAUUGGUUUUCUCAGGCAACUUUCAUCAUUACACCUGGAAGUAAAUUCUUUGAAUGGAUCAAUCACACUGGAGAUUGGGAAUUGUGAAAGACUUGUGGACAUAAAUUUUGCUCACAACUCUCUUAGUGGCACUAUUCCAUCUUCAUUUUCAUUAAUCAGCUCUUUGAACUCUCUGAAUCUCUCAAGCAACAAACUUACAGGGAUAAUCCCGGAGUACUUGGAGAAAAUGAAACUAAGUUCGAUUGAUUUGUCGGGUAAUCAGCUCUUUGGAAGGGUUCCAUCCAGUCUUCUGGCAAUGAGUGGAGACAAAGCAUUUUUGGACAACAAAGAACUCUGUGUUGAUGAAAACUACAGAGAAAGGAUAAAAACAAGCCUGACUACUUGUACUGGAAAGCAUAGUCAAAAAGGGGUGCUAGAGGAUAAACUUGUAUUUUUCAGUAUCAUAGUCUCCAUCUUGGUUUGUGUAUUAGCAGGGCUAGUGUUGGUAAGUUGUAAUUACUUGAAGCGCAGUGAGACAGGCUCAGAGACCAGUCAGGAAGGGGAUCAACAAGGAGCUCCAAAAUGGAAAAUUGCAUCAUUUCAUCAAGUGGAAAUUGAUGCAGAUGAAAUAGGCAACUUUGAAGAAGACAAUUUGAUAGGGAGUGGAGGAACGGGAAAAGUUUAUCGGUUGGAUCUGAAGAAAAACGGCAGUACGGUGGCUGUUAAGCAGCUCUGGAAAGGAGAUGCAAUGAAGGUGUUGGCAGCAGAAAUGGAGAUUUUGGGGAAGAUAAGACAUAGAAACAUCUUGAAGCUCUAUGCUUGCUUAAUGAGAGAGGGAUCUAGUUAUCUAGUUUUUGAUUACAUGAUUAAUGGAAACCUGCGUGAAGCACUUCAAAAACAAAUCAAAGGUGGGCAGCCUGAAUUGGACUGGAACCAGAGGUACAGGAUUGCCUUGGGGGCAGCAAGGGGAAUUGCUUACUUGCAUCAUGAUUGUUCACCGCCUAUAAUUCAUAGAGAUAUAAAAUCAACAAACAUACUUCUAGAUGGAGAUUAUGAACCAAAAAUAGCUGAUUUUGGAGUGGCAAAGGUUGCAGAUCAGUUUCAAAGUGUUUCAGAGAACAGCUCUCUUGCUGGCACUCAUGGUUAUAUUGCUCCUGAGCUAGCAUAUACUCCAAAAGUUUCAGAAAAGAGUGAUGUGUACAGUUAUGGUGUGGUGCUGUUGGAAUUGAUUACUGGUAGGAAAGCAAUCGAAGAUGAAUAUGGAGAAGGAAAAGAUAUUGUUUACUGGGUUUCAACACACCUCAAUGAGCGUGAUAAUGUUCUCAAGCUUCUGGACGUUAAAGUUGCAUCUGAAGUCGUCCAAAAUGACAUGAUUAAAGUCCUGAAGAUUGCUGUACUUUGCACAACAAAGCUUCCAUCACUUCGCCCUUCUAUGAGAGAGGUAGUGAAGAUGCUAUUAGACGCUGAUCCUUACUCUUCUUCAAUGCCCCUGAAAAACAGUUCAACUAAAAAACAUUUCGUUUAGUUCAUCAAUGAGAAUGUAAGAUAAGUCUUUGCCGUAACGAUCAAAGUACUCAAGAUUUUUGCUGCUGCAAUCAGAGUCUUUGCCAUCAUAUAAGACCAUAGCCUGUAUUCAAUUAGUGAGUUCUGGAGAUCUCCCACAAACUCAGACCUUAGCAUAAAACUAAGGAUAAUAUAUUUGUAGAGCUCAUCAAAUGAAGUGUGUAUAAGAGAAUUUUCUUUCCUGAA